AUGAGUGGAGCUCCGGCGGUGCCGGGGGCCGCGGGAGAGAGCGCGGUCCGGGGGCUGCGGGUGGACGGGCUACCCCCGUUGCCCAAGAGCCUGAGCGGACUGCUGCACUCUGCGUCGGGCGGCGGCGGGUCAGGGGGCUGGCGGCAUCUGGAGAGGCUGUAUGCACAGAAGUCGCGCAUCCAGGACGAGUUGAGCCGCUGGGGCGCGGGCGGCGGCGGGGGACGGGCGGCUGCGCUGCCCGCCAAGCCUCCCAAUCUGGACGCUGCACUGGCUCUGCUCCGCAAAGAGAUGGUCGGCCUCCGCCAGCUGGACAUGUCCCUGCUCUGCCAACUGUAUAGCCUCUACGAGUCAAUUCAGGAGUACAAGGGCACAUGCCAAGCCAUCUCUAGCCCGGACUGCACUUAUGCCCUGGAGAAUGGCUUCUUCGAUGAGGAGGAGGAAUAUUUCCAGGAGCAGAGCCACCUCCAAGAUGGGAGGGACCCUCCACGGGACUUGUCACUGCCUGUGUCCCCCCUCUCCAGCAGUGACUGGAUUCUGGAGUCCAUCUAGGGGGCCUCGGGAGGUAUGCCACUGUUGGG